AUGAGAACCGUUUUCGUUGGCAUUGCUGGUGGAGUCGGCAGCGGAAAGAACCAUUUCGCCAAGAACUUGGUGGCGAGGCUUGCUCAACGAAAGGUAAAAGCUGUUCCAAUAGAAGUUUCAUCCUCGGAAGGUUUGAACGAAACACAACCUAUAGGAGACUGUGUGAUUUACCAUGGACCAACUGUAUUAAGAGACACUCGCUUGAAACCCAAAUUGGACUUGAAAGUGUUUUUAGAUAUAGAUGGUGAUGUUCGCUUAUCAAAUAUGAUGAAAAAUGGAAAUUUGGAGUCGUUGGAGAAGUACAAUGAUGUUCGAUCAUUUCAUUCAGAUUUUGUUAUGAAACAGAAGAAAAUAGCUGAUAUCUGGAUAAACGAGAUAAACAACGCGAAAUUAACGGAUGUCGUGAAUGUCAUCGAAAAAGUUCGACGACAACCAGCACGAGAAGAAGAUGUAGAGCCGGAAGAAAUACGCGUUUAUCUUGACAACUACGAUCAAAGAUCCCUGAAACAAUGA